AUGUCAGUCAUGAUGAGUGGGUCUUCGAAAUCUACAAGCAGUGGUUUUUUUUCUGCAAUAUCCAGUCUCACACAGCCUAGGCAACCCCCAUCCACCGUGACACCUCCCACCUCUGUCGAUCCGAGUAGCUCUCCUAUCAGGAGCAGCUCUCCCGUGUUGCAGGACAGCUUUGACCCAAUGGUCACCGACUUGCGUAAUAGCCCGCCUGCCCUUGCCUGUGACAAGGGUACCAAGUCCGUUGUAACCACAAAACCUAAGCGCCGUAAGCGCUCUCAUGUCAACUAUACCUUGUCUCAAGGUGGCGACUGCGACGAGGAUCUCGAAAUACCCUCAAAGAGAUUCAAGACAUUGCAAACAACUUGGAAUUGCACCGACCAACCUUCCGAGACUUCAAUAUAUUUCAAUGAACGCAUGCUUGAGCUUUCCCGUAUCACUCGCCAAGCUUUUUCCGCGAGAAUACGAUACCAACGCCUUCGUGACCAUGAACUGGACCUGAUAAAGUCCCUCCUGAAGGAUGAGAAAGAACUAGUCCAAACACAUAUGAAAAAAAUCGAUCUGCAAAUUGGCUCUCUCCAAAACACACUCGAGGAUGCGGGAGUGACGGAGAUAGGGAACAAAGGAUUCAAACACAGACUCCCCAACGAGGAUGCGAACCUCUCGACACAAAUAAUGUGUCUCUGUUUGAACCACCUCCAGCGUACCAAAUCUCUGAACCACCAAAUCCUUCUCCGUUACUCUCUUGUGGCGCAGGAACACUAUACCGAAGUCCAAACCGCGUCCAUGUCCCGUGCCGCAAAGUCUCAAAGUACAAGUACGAUAUAUAAUGACUUCAUCAAAGACGAUGAACUUCGUUCCUCUGGCUGGCUCAUUCAUCGGUCUGCAUCAGCCAGUACGUUAGCUGCAAAUACUAGCAUCCGCCCUCCAACCACACCAUCUGCGGUUUCAGAUUUCCGAGUCAUCGAGGAGGUCGAUCCUGCGUUUAGCAUUGCAGACAGAGCCAUUGAAUGA